ACUGAAGAAGCUAAAAGAGUUUUUAACUUUUAACUCUCUUCGUCUUCUCUCAUACGGUGUCAAAUCAAUCUACUGUUCUCUCUCCCUCUCUCCUAUCUGGGCAAGAAUCUCGGUUGAUUCCGAGAUUAAGGGGAUUUAAGACAAACCUGCAAAAUUAGGGUUUUUGUGGAUAUGGAUUAUGAUCGGUUCAAGUUAUUUGUUGGUGGUAUUGGGAAAGAGACUAGUGAAGAAGAUUUGAAGCAGUAUUUUAGCAGAUAUGGACUUGUGUUGGGAGCUGUUGUAGCUAAAGACAAAGUCACUGGUAUAUCCAGAGGGUUUGGGUUUGUUCGCUUUGCUAAUGAUUAUGAUGUUGUUAAAGCUCUUAGUGGCACUCACUUCAUUCUUGGUAAACCCGUUGAUGUGAGGAAGGCUUUUCGGAAACAUGAAUUGUACCAACACCCGUUUAGCAUGCAGGUAUUCGAGGGAAAAGUGCAACAGACCAACGGUGGUUUGCGUGAGAUGGCGAGUAAUGGUAAUAUUCAUAGGACUAAGAAGAUAUUUGUUGGGGGUUUGUCGUCUAACACGACUCAGGAAGAGUUUAAGAGUUACUUUGAGAGGUUUGGUAGGACGAUUGAUGUAGUUGUGAUGCAUGACGGUGUGACAAACAAGCCAAGGGGUUUUGGGUUUGUUACUUAUGAUUCGGAGGACUCUGUUGAGUUUGUUAUGCAGAGUAAUUUCCAUGAGUUGAGUGAUAAGCGCGUUGAAGUGAAACGGGCAAUACCUAAAGAAGGAAUCCAGAGCAAUAACGGUAAUGUUAACGUUAACGUGCCUCCUACAUACAGCAGCUUUCAAGCAACACCGUAUGUUCCUGAGCAAAACGGAUAUGGGAUGGUUCUACAAUAUCCUCCUGUGUUUGGUUAUCAUCACAGUGUCCAAGCCGUUCAAUAUCCUUAUGGUUACCAAUUCACAGCUCAAGUGCCUAACGUUUCAUGGAACAAUCCGAUUAUGCAACCCACCGGUUUUUACUGUGCUGCUGCUCCUCCUCCUCCUCCUCCUAGCAACACUCUUGGUUAUUCCCCUUACAUGAACGGGUUUGAUCUUUCGGGUACGAGCAUUCCCAGGUACAAUCCUGUACCAUGGCCUGCAACGGGGGAUGCAGCUGGUGUGCUAAUACAGUUCGGAGCUUUGAAGUUUGAUGUCCAUAGUCAAGCACAUCAGAGAAUGAAUGGAGGUAACAUGGGAAUACCAUUGCAGAAUGGUACAUAUAGAUAAUAGUUGCAGAAUGAUAAAUGCAAUUAGGCUCACAAGGUUAGUGAAAUUCUUUGGACUCUUUAAAAUGGUUUUCUAGGUUCCUCAUCUUUCUUCAUUAACUCUUUGGUAAAUGUGUUGGGUUGGUUUGGUUUCCAUGUAUAUUGUUUAGGUAUUUGAUUUUAAUCAACCCCAAGACCUAUGUAAUAUAUUACUGCAUUGUAAUAUAUCACAUUCAUUUCGUUUUAUUUUGGUGCUUUUAUGGUUU